UCGCUCUGAACACCUUCUGUUCAUUAAAGCCCGCAUUUACUGUCAGUGUGAGCCUCAGCAUGUAGAGCAGCUGUUUACCACACUCGCUCACACACUCACGGACAAGAUGACCUCGGCCACACCCCCCCCUCAUCAUGGCCCCGCCCCUCAGAAGGUCUGCCACUCCCAGACACAGACAGACUUGCUGAAGCCUCUGCUCGGGGGGGCAGGGCAUAGCAGUCAUGUGGCGCGCAAGAGGCGGAUCCUAACCAAGGAUGGGCGGAGCAACGUGCGCAUUGAGCAUGUGAGUGGGCUCAGUGCUCUGUACCUGCGCGACCCCUGGACGACCGUUGUGGACAUGCAGUGGAGAUACAAGCUGGUUCUGUUCAGCGCCACCUUUGUGGGCACCUGGUUCACCUUCGGCCUGCUCUGGUACCUGCUGGCGCUGGUGCAUGGAGACCUGCUCGAGUUCGAUCCUCCAGCAAACCACAGUGUGUGUGUGAUGCAGAUGCAGACUCUGACCGGAGCGUUCCUCUUCUCGCUGGAGACUCAGACCACCAUCGGUUACGGCUAUCGCUGCAUCACGGAGGAAUGUCCGUCCGCCAUCGUCCUGCUCAUCAUACAGCUGCUGAUCACCACCGCCAUGGAGAUCUUCAUCACCGGGACAUUCCUGGCCAAAGUGGCUCGACCGAAAAAGCGCGGCGAGACGAUUCGCUUCAGUCAGCAUGCUGUAAUAGCCAAUCACGACGGCCGGCCGAGUCUCAUGAUCCGAGUGGCAAACAUGCGGAAGAGCCUCCUGCUGGGUUGCCAGGUGACGGGGAAGCUCUUACAGCCGUGUGUGCCGAAGGCGGGCGAAACGGUGCGUCUGGACCAGAAAAACGUGUCGUUCAGUGUGGACACGGCCAGCGAGAGCCCCUUCCUCAUCCUGCCGCUCACUUUCUACCACAUUAUUGAUGACGAGAGUCCACUGCGGGCCUGGGCGGACAAAGGCGGUGGCUGGACUGAUCCCGGUCAGACAGAUUUCGAGCUGCUGGUGAUGAUGAGCUCUACAGUGGAGCCCACCUCUGCUACCUGUCAGGUGCGCACCUCUUACCUGCCCGAUGAGAUCCUGUGGGGCUACGAGUUCCCUCCAAUCGUCUCCCUCUCGCCUAUGGGGAAAUACGUGGCAGAUCUGGCGUACUUCGACAAAGUGGUGAAGACCAAAGCCCCGCCCCUUUUCGAGCAGGCCCCACCCACUGGCACUGACAUGGGCUGCGGGGAGGAGAGCACAGACCCGGAGAAGAUGCAGCUGGAGCAGAGUUACCGGGACAGAACUGGAGACAAACCGGCGGAUGGCGGCUCGCUCACCGUGCGUAUCAGUAACGUCUGAAUCACCGGUGCUUCUGUUUGGUGCUGCUUUACAUUAAAACAGCCAAUCAGAACCCACCAUGCUUUAAAGGUCCCGUAGAGUGAUUUUGAAAUGGAUUUUUAUUGGAGGGGGGAUGUAAUCUCAAAUGAAACACAAACAAGCUCCGCCCCUUUUAAAAAAAACAGCCAAUGGUAUUCAGUUUACCUAAAUCUACCGUUAUCUGACAUGCCCUGCCCCCUCAUUAUUUGAUGCACUUGAGCUCAACCACUCUCACCGGCAGAGCAGUGAAGAAAUCAACUAUUGGUGUUAUUUUAAAGGGGAGGAGCUACGAUAUGCCCCACCCACUCUUCAUGUUUCAGUUGAGAUUAUGCCAAACAUCCAAUAAGAAAUUUUCUAAGCACUUUACAGGACAUUUAAAGCACGGUGGAUUCGGAUUGGCUGCUAUUAUUUGUAAAAUGAUCUUUAGAAAUAUGACUGUAUGAUAAUAGUUGAUGAUCUUGGUGUAAACUGGCCUUUAAAGAUAGAAAACCAUCUCCGACAGAUAAAGAAUGAUUUGAUUAUGAUGAUAA